AUGCCGCCCCUCCCGCCCGCCGCCGCCGCCGCGCCCGCCCCCAAUGCCCGCGCGCGCAAGACCCCUCCGCCGCCCGCCUUCGACCUCGCCGCGCUGCCACGCUUCCACCCCGCCGUCUACCAGCCGCCCAGCGCGUCCACCCGCUCUGCGCACCACGCCCACGCCCGCAAGCAGGCCUCCCACACGCCCCGCGACGCUCUCCGCCACUACCGCGAGCUCGUCGCCGGCAUGACCCUCGCCGCCAUCCCCUCCAAGCCCUCCAAGCCGCGCCUGCAUCCCACCGGCAGCCCCGGCCCCGUCACCCCGCUGGCUCUCGAGAACGAGCCCGCCGACAGCGCCGGCUACUUCACCUCCGCCCCCGCUGGUGCCGCUGGUGCCCGGCUCCCACUCGACGCCCGUCCCCCGCCCACCCUGGACCAGCCCGCGCCCCAGGACCGCCCUGCGCCGCGCGACGCCGACCACCGCCCGUCCGUCAAAACGGGCCUGCGCGCUGACGCCCAGCAGCGCCGAUGA